AUGGGAAUUCGAAAUAUUUUUUGGAAAGUAAUUUCGGGUAAAUCACCGCCUGAUAAUGGAUGGGUCGAAUGUAUGCAAGUUGAACAUUUUGAACCAUAUACACCUGGACAAUUGACCAAGAAUUUUCAAGCGACAGUGGCUGAUGAGAUUUCGGUGACCAGAGGGACGACGGUUAAAGGUUCGUGGGAGUUUUAUGAAAAAAAAGUUUUUGUUUUGAAAGCAAAAAAUAGUACAAGAUACAAAACGGGUAUGAAUAAAAUACUGAAAAACUUAAAAAUUAAAAAAAAAACGCUGUGAAACACACAUUUUUGGGAGAAAACCCGAAAAGUUGAAUAAUCGAUAAAUAAUAAAAUAAACAACAAACGUUCCGUUAAACAAAGGGCAAAGCGGAGUGUCGUUGUGAGUUGUUUUAUUUUUAUUUUGUUUUAUUUUUUUUUGAAUUUGAGCAGUUUUCAAAGAAUUUUAGCUUUAAUUUUGAAACUCUAAUUUUUUCAGUGGCGAAAGAAUUUUUGGUUGUGUAUUCAGCGGUUUUUUAGAGUUUCAUUUUUUCUUCCCUCUAAUUCUGAAACAGUGAAUUUUUUAUGCUUAGUUUUCCAGAAUUUUUUUAUGAUGAAGAAAAACUUCAAUUUUGAACCAGUUGAUUUUUCUCAAAAAUUCACCUAGAUACUCUGAAUUUUUUCAAAGGUUAAUAAACAUUUCCAGUUAUCGGAAAUUAUUUCUGCAAAUACACGGCGUAGUAAUGUUAUCAUGAUCAUUUCCAAUUGAAAAUUUCUGUAAUUAUUAAAUUUUUGAAACAGUAGAAUUUUUUUGUCUGAAACAGUGGAAAUUUGAUUUUGCAAAAAAACGUUUUUAUUUAAUCAAUAAUAUACAAACUAAGUAUGACAGCUCUCUACCGAGAUGAUCAAUGGAUUUAUGUUCAAUUAUCCGAUGGUCGACGAGGUUUCAUUCCUCAAGCAUAUUGUCGACUUUUAAUCAAUUCUGGAAUUGGAAAUGGGCAUGGAAAUCAAGGAGGAAGACGAAGUCAGAAUCAGAAUAAUCAAAAACUUCGAGGCGAUUCGGCGACAAUUGAAAGGCGGUGGGAAAAAUCGAAUUUGCAACGAUUUAUUGAUAGUUUACCGGUUCAGAAGGAAGAGGGAGAGGUUUUUAAAAUUGUGAGUUUUUUACUAGCAAAAAAAUCCAAUUUUUUUGGAGAACAGUUGAAGAUUUUUGCUAGCAAAAAAAUCCAAUUUUUUGGAGCACAGUUGAAGAUUUUUGCUAGCAAAAAAAUCCAAUUUUUGUGGAGCACAGUUGAAGAUUUUUGCUAGCAAAAAAAUCCAAUUUUUUGGAGCACAGUUGAAGAUUUUUGCUAGCAAAAAAAUCCAAUUUUUUGGAGCACAGUUGAAGAUUUUUGCUAGCAAAAAAAUCCAAUUUUUGUGGAGCACAGUUGAAGAUUUUUGCUAGCAAAAAAAUCCAAUUUUUGUGGAGCACAGUUGAAGAUUUUUGCUAGCAAAAAAAUCCAAUUUUUUGGAGCACAGUUGAAGAUUUUUGCUAGCAAAAAAAAUCCAAUUUUUGUGGAGCACAGUUGAAGAUUUUUGCUAGCAAAAAAAUCCAAUUUUUGUGGAGCACAGUUGAAGAUUUUUGCUAGCAAAAAAAUCCAAUUUUUUGGAGCACAGUUGAAGAUUUUUGCUAGCAAAAAAAAUCCAAUUUUUGUGGAGCACAGUUGAAGAUUUUUGCUAGCAAAAAAAUCCAAUUUUUGUGGAGCACAGUUGAAGAUUUUUGCUAGCAAAAAAAUCCAAUUUUUGUGGAGCACAGUUGAAGAUUUUUGCUAGCAAAAAAAUCCAAUUUUUGUGGAGCACAGUUGAAGAUUUUUGCUAGCAAAAAAAUCCAAUUUUUGUGGAGCACAGUUGAAGAUUUUUGCUAGCAAAAAAAUCCAAUUUUUGUGGAGCACAGUUGAAGAUUUUUGCUAGCAAAAAAAUCCAAUUUUUGUGGAGCACAGUUGAAGAUUUUUGCUAGCAAAAAAUCCAAUUUUUUUGAGCACAGUUGAAGAUUUUUGCUAGCAAAAAAAUCCAAUUUUUUGGAGCACAGUUGAAGAUUUUUGCACAAACAUUUUUUUAAUAGCUCAAAAGGUUAACAUGAAAUUUAUAUUUAUAUUCCCCAAAUUCACAAAUUUUUGAAACAGUAUAUUUUUCCAGGAGGAAAAAUGCAGUGCUCGAGUUCUUUUCAAUUUCAAACCUCAAGCUUCGGAUGAUUUGGAAGUUGUGGAAAAUGAGAAAAUAACAAUUCUAAAUUGCAGUGAUGCAGAUUGGUUUUACUGUAAAAAUUCGAAAAAUGCACAAGGUUUUGUUCCGGCAAAUUUUUUGAAACUUGAAAAUGGCGCAAUUUUGGAGGACUGUGUAAAGGAGAAAUGGUGAGUUUUCCUCGGGUUUUCCGGAGAAACUAUGACGUGGCAAAAUUUAAAUAUAUAUUUGCAGGGUAAACGAAUCGCUUCUGGUAAUCGAGUCAUUCACAGCUCGUUGUGCAUUGGAUUUAUCAGUUCGGCCUGGAGAAUGGAUAAAAUGUCAAGGUCGAGCAUCAGAUGAUUGGCUUUGGGUUGAGAGAGAAAAUAAAGCCGGAUUUAUCCCAAAUAAGAUUGUGAUUCUAGCAACAGAUUUGUGA